AUCGAACUUUAAGCUACUCGGUUACUAAAACUGCAGAGAGUCACGAGCUCAGUGACUCUGCCCCCUUUACGCGUCAUGGACGGAACGAGCGCAAUGUGCCUGAAUCUGCGCCGGGGUGAGUUUGGUUUCAGUCUGGGGCGGAGGAGCUCAGCCACAGCCCCUAGAGGCGGAUAAACACACAGUCUUCCGUUCGCGUUCAGCACCACCACGGGACUCCAUCCAUCCGCGGACAGCGAUGCUUCUCCACCCGAAUCUCACCCGAGUCGUCCUCGCGUCCGAUUCCUCUCGGUGUCGGGUUCGGGGAGUUCAGCCAAGGUUCCGACACGCGUGUGACCACAACCACCGUAUCUGAGUUAACAUCAACAAAAGGUGGCCGAAAGUGGAGAGAUCGCGCGCUACAUCUGACAAAGAGCUCGUGGUUCAGAUGUAACUUUGUGGAGGAAAACGGGUUUUCGUGCGCACAUCUAAAGACUGUUGUCAUCAUGCCUGUAAGGAGAGGUCAUGUCGCUCCUCAAAACACGUUUCUUGGAAUAAUAAUACGGAAAUUCGAGGGACAGAAUAAGAAGUUUAUCAUAGCUAAUGCCCGGGUCCAGAACUGUGCUAUUAUUUACUGUAAUGACUCAUUCUGCGAGAUGACAGGAUUCUCACGGCCGGACAUCAUGCAGAAGCCUUGUACGUGUGACUUUCUGCACGGGGAGCAAACAAAGCGACAUGCGAUUGCCCAGGUGGCUCAAGCACUCCUGGGGUCAGAGGAACGGAAGGUGACCAUCACGUACCACCGCAAGGACGGUUCAGAAUUCCUCUGCAACACUCACAUCAUCCCUGUGAAGAACGAAGAAGGCGUCGUCAUGAUGUUCAUCCUGAACUUCGAUUGUGUUCUCGACGAGAACAAUGACUCCACAGAAAGACUGAACCUCACCCCGCCUGCCAAAUCUGACAUCAGAAAAGGAAGAUUCUUCCACUUCCGCCUGCCAUCGUUGAAGCUGUUGGGGACCAGUAAACAAUCCCUCCCCCAGGAGGAUCCAGACACGGUCCUGGUGGACACGCCCAGGGCCAGUGAAGACUCUACGGCCGCGACGGACGUCCGCUCGCCCACAAAAGACCCCUGCAGUCCGGCGGAGACCAAUGACACGCAAGCGCUCAUCAGUUCCAGCCCUCAUUCCUCUCCACUGUCUGUUCCCCUCGACCACUCGUCCCCCAAACAGACCUGGGACCGUCCCAGUCCAUCCCAGGCUCAGUCCACCACCUUCCUGGCCCAGUCCAUCUCUAGAAACAGCGUGUGCAGCAGACGACGAGCUUCAUCCGUCCAUGACAUCGAAGGGCUCAGCGCGAACUCCAAACGGAUGUUUUUUGACAGGCAGGCAAGUGAAGGUCCAUUCAACCAUUUCAAGUCCAGUUAUCUAGGAUCGACCUCCGACUCGAACCUAAACAAAUACAGCACCAUUAACAAGAUUCCUCUCAUCGCUCUCAACUUCUCUGAGGCCAAUGACAAGAAAGCACCCUCUCCUCCGUCCUCCGAGAAAACCAUCAUCGCACCCAAGGUCAAAGACAGAACUCACAAUGUCACAGAGAAGGUCACGCAGGUCCUGUCGCUCGGUGCAGACGUGCUGCCCGAGUACAAGCUUCAGACGGCACGCAUCGACAAGUUCACAAUACUGCACUACAGCCCUUUCAAAGCAGUCUGGGACUGGCUCAUACUCCUGUUGGUCAUUUACACGGCCAUUUUAACUCCUUACUCCGCUGCCUUCCUGCUCAACGAUCGCGAGGAGCAAAAAAGACGAGAAUGUGGCUACUCAUGCAACCCCCUCAACGUCGUGGACUUAAUAGUGGACAUCAUGUUCAUCAUCGACAUCCUCAUUAACUUCCGCACCACGUACGUGAACUUGAACGAGGAGGUCGUGAGCCAUCCGGGGAAGAUCGCCAUCCAUUACUUUAAAGGCUGGUUCCUUAUAGACAUGGUGGCGGCCAUUCCCUUCGACCUGCUUAUAUUCGGCUCGGGGUCUGACGAAACAACAACUCUAAUUGGUCUAUUGAAGACGGCGCGACUUCUGCGAUUGGUUCGUGUUGCCAGGAAGCUGGACCGUUACUCUGAAUACGGUGCGGCGGUUUUGAUGCUCCUCAUGUGUAUAUUUGCUCUUAUCGCUCAUUGGCUUGCCUGCAUCUGGUACGCCAUUGGAAAUGUGGAGAGGCCAUACCUGGACCAUAAGAUUGGCUGGCUUGACAAUCUCGGGGUGUCCAUUGGGAAAAGAUACAACUACAGCGACCCCAGUUCUGGCCCGUCCAUAAAGGAUAAAUAUGUCACUGCCCUGUACUUCACCUUUAGUUCGCUGACCAGCGUGGGCUUCGGAAACGUGUCUCCAAACACCAACUCUGAGAAGAUCUUCUCCAUCUGUGUCAUGCUUAUUGGAUCUUUAAUGUACGCCAGCAUCUUCGGUAACGUUUCGGCCAUCAUCCAGCGGCUGUAUUCAGGUACAGCGCGAUACCACACGCAGAUGCUCCGUGUCAAAGAGUUCAUCCGCUUCCAUCAGAUCCCGAAUCCACUCCGGCAGAGACUGGAGGAGUACUUCCAACACUCGUGGACAUACACCAACGGCAUCGACAUGAACACGGUCUUAAAAGGCUUUCCAGAGUGUUUGCAAGCAGAUAUUUGUCUGCAUCUAAAUCAAAGCCUGCUUGAGGGAUGCAAAGCGUUCAGAGGCGCCACUAAAGGCUGUCUGCGUGCUCUCGCUAUACACUUCAAAACUACCCACGCACCACCUGGAGAUACUCUCGUGCACUGUGGGGACGUCCUCACCGCUCUAUACUUCUUGUCUCGGGGAUCCCUCGAGAUCCUUAAGGACGACAUUGUGGUGGCCAUUCUGGGGAAGAAUGACAUAUUUGGAGAGAUGAUUCACCUGUACGCCAAACCCGGUAAAUCUAACGCAGACGUGAGAGCUCUGAGCUACUGUGACCUGCACACGAUCCAGCGAGAGGAGCUGCUGGAGGUUCUGGACAUGUAUCCGGAGUUUGCCGACUCUUUCCUCACCAAUCUGGAGCUGACCUUUAACCUGAGAGAUGACAACAAUACAAAGGCAACAUAUUCACAAGCCAGUGAUUCUGACGGAGAGGAUUCAAAGAGUCGGAGGAAGAUUUCCUUCAAACGCAAACCCUCCAAAGGGGAAAGUCUGAAAGAAACGGACAGCGAGUUCAGGAAGGAACGUCGAGAGUCUCGGCUCAGCUCUAAGAGAAGCUCAGAGGACCGCCACACCUCCAGAGAGGAACAUCAAAGUCUUCUGGGAGCAGGAAUAAUGGAGGAUCCAUCAGUACACAGCUGCACGUCCACACCCGGCUUCGUCUCUCCAGAUGAACACAUGGAACGCAGACUGUGCGGUAAUGGUGAGAUAGGUAUACAGACCACUGGAUGGUUAGCAGAUGGAACCAAACGGCACAUGGACACGACCACGCCGGGGCAGCGCGGCACAGAAGACGAUGAUCUGGACUGUGACAUCACAUAUGGAGAAGUGGAGCACAAACUCGACCAGCUGCAGCAACACCUGAGCAGGUUGGAGUCCCAGAUGACAUCAGACAUCCAGAGCAUCCUUCAGCUGUUACAGAGACAGACGUGUUUAGGACCUCCGGCCUACAGCAGCCUCACAGACUACAAGAGACCGGCCAUCAGAGUACAGCCUGUAGCUUCUGAACCCACCUGCCAAUCACCCUCCACGACCUCACAGAACACAGAUUUUUUGAGCAUGACAAACGCCCGUUUCAAUUCCAAAGACUCUCCGUCUGGUCUGUCUCUCAUGGACUCAAAUCCACAGCAGAGCUAUGGGACACCACAGCCAUCACAGAACUCCGCUCCCACAUACACUUUAAUAAACAGUCAGACUCUUCCACUCACGCAUUCCAAAUCUCAGCUUCUAGUUCAGCAAUCUUCCCCUCCAGACACGCUGCUGAACAGCGUAGCAACAGGAACUGUGGCUCUUCACAGACCUCUGUCUGAUCCAGGACUACUGAAAGAACAGCACUGACUCUCCUGACUGCAGUAGGAAAACUGAGGACAUCACACAGCACUUCCUGAGAAAACUUCUGCAUUUCCUGGAAGUUUAACAGAGAGAACAUUUUAAAACAUGCAUUGGUCUAAUGCACCUUAUGAUUCUCCACUGGCACUCCUCUAGGCCUUGACAUUAGCUUCCUCUGUGAUGUCACUUCCUUCUAAAUUGUGCUCCUCGAUGCCGAAGAUCCGACCAACCAUGAACCAAACUUCCAUUUUCAGGAAGUUUUUUUAAGACAAGAAUGAUCGAAAUUUCUGGACAGGUUACCAUGUACUACUUUGGUGUAAGAAUCAGGAUAUUACUAAUGGCUUACAGCAUCUGGCGGGCCAUUGUAUAUUUGAGAUUAUCAAGUUUGAAAUCACGCAUUAAUAUUUUAAUUGAAGUGAAAGUUCUGAACUUAAAGGGGUCAUAUGACACGGCUAAAACAAAUAUUAUCGUUUGUUUUAGAUGUAAUGCAAUGUGUAGACACUAGGGGUGUAACGGUUCAAAUUACUCACGGUUCGGUUUGUGUCACGGUUUUAGGGUCACGGUUUCGGUUCGGUUUGUGCUAUGUGCAGGGAAAAGGGACUACUGACAAAUAAAAAUAAGAACAAAUAAUCAAGCUACAAGUAACCGCACCAAUAAAACAACAGAGCAAAGCAGAAAAUGAAAUAAGAUACUGUAUAUAUACCUUUUAAGGUAGAAAUGGAUUAAAGUAAACAAAUAAAACACAACAUUGCAUAUGGACAAAUGAAAUAAAGAUGAAUCAUAAUUGAAGUUACAGAAGCUAUUGAGUCACAAGCAGUGAGUGAUUUCCUUGACUUUUAACAGACCGCAGGAAUAUGCUGCUGUCGCUUUAAGAGGAAUGAAACCCAUCCAGUACACUGAUACUGUACACAUGUGUUGUUUUUCGUCUGUUUGUCCGUUACCUUAAGACAUAACUACUAUGUUUGUUAAGAUACUUAACAAACAUGCAUGUUUGUAUCUCCUCUUUGCCCCGCCUCUCUCAAACGCGCAGAUUUUUUACAAAGCUCAUCUCUCUGAAAGCGAGGUGUGCUAUGAUUGGCCAGUUAACCAGUGCGUAGUGAUUGGUGGAAUACUGCAAGCGUGUGAGGGAAAUGUAACGCCUCUUACCAUAUUUGGAACAUCAGGUUCCUCUUCAAUUGUACUGACAGGUACGCCCACCUUACUUGCGUAUACAUUUGGGCGGUCUUAGUCAAAUCAGACCACCAACUGACGUAGAUUUGUGGGGGUGUGGUUACACGAGGCGUUUCAGGCAGGUCUGGGUGAGCAUUCGCUUUUAGAUAGAAUGCAUCUUUUGUUCCGACACUUUCAUUUUUGCAAUUUUACGUGUCUAAUACAUGCAUGGGCAACUUAUAACACACCAAAGACACAGAAAAACACGUAAUUGCGCCAUAUGACCCCUUUAAAGAUGUAUUAUUUUGAGAACUCUUGGUAACUGAUGUGCCCCCUUUUGCUUUAAUCUCAGCAGCAUUGAAACAAAACCUGAUGAUCCACAUUAUCCAGCAUGAUUUGUGUUUAAAUUUAAAUCCAAAGUGGUCUCAGACUUUUACUGCAGCAAAGGAUUCAUAUGCAAAUGUCAUGCUAAAGUAAAAGUUUCUGCAAAUGGAAACAAGUAACUGCCAUGUACAUACAUUACCUGGGCAAGGACAACUUUAACAAGUGAGUAAAGGAUGCAUGGUUGAAGGUUUGACUAGUUGCAUGUUUACUGCAACAUAUUGGGAAGCAGGUUUAGUGUUGGCAUGCUCUAGGGCUAAUAACUAAGAAUGCACUGUUCUCUUAUAAUUGACUGUUUAUUUGCACCUGUUCAUGCUAGCAUGAACCAAACUCUGCACGCCAUACAAUAUUACACAGAUUCAUUUCUUUGAAAAGCAUUAGCAUACGGAACAAAUCAGCAGCCCCCCUCAAAGGAAUAUGAACUUUAAAAAAUCACAAUUCUAAAACUAGCCAACCAGAAACACUAGCAACAAUCACAUGAAACAAUGUAUCACACUGGCAUACAACAAGAGUUUAUAAAGCACCUAAACAUUUUAAAUAGCAUAAAUUCACAUAGGUGCAAAGAAAACUCUUAACAAAAGUGUUUCCCUGAGCGUGCACUAUUUCAUUUCCACAACAAAUUGUCACGGGUGGGCUCUGUUUGCAAGGUACAUUUUAGUCUCACAUGUAGCUCUGUAUACUGUAUGCAUAUUUAUAAAUAGGAUAUGUACAUUCAUAAGCUAUUGAUCAACUGUGAUCAGCUAUGAUAAUGUUCAUUUGAACUGACAUUUAAUGUCUUUAAGGUACAGAGGAAACAAAACUCACUGUUUUCCAAAUAUGUAGGUCACAGAGGUUUCCAUCUCAAACCAUAGUAGCAAUAACGGUCAAACACUGGAUCUACACACUCAUACAUUUAUUGUAUUGUAUUAACUGUCCUCUAAAGGGUUGAUUUGUUUAUUUAUUUUGCAAAGAUAAAUAUAAACGCUGACAUCAUAAAGUUUGUUACCUUUAAAUAAAGGGAGAGGUUUUUGUGUCUAUUUUGCUUCUCUGUAACUUUAAUUUAUACUUUAAACUAAUAUUAUUAGUUUAAACAGUAUGUACAACGUAUAUAUCCAGUAAUGAAAUGGCAGAUUUUUUAUGUGCAAUAAACUCUUUGGAAACCCUGUA